UCACGCAGGCGCAGUAAUAUCGACUGGAAAUGUGCGUUUGACAUGUGCUUGUAGGUUAAGUGUUACGAGUCUCAAUAUUUUCCUCGUUUCUUGUUGAAUAAAAGUGCUUACGGUAUUUCUGUUUGAAGUGAGGAUUACAAGAAAGAGUGUGAUAAAUGAUUGUGCAAGACAUGGAUAUUUCUUUGAAUAUUUCUGCAGGACCUGCUGCGAACAAGAAAACAGGAAAAGAUGAUGAUUCUAUUCUUAGUUUGAUGAGAAGUAAGAAAGAUGACACAGUAAAGAGUAAAACUAGUAACGAUAAAAAAUUGAAAAGCAAUUCUGUUAGGGAAAUCAAUACUAAAAAAAGAAUUAAACAAAAGUCGUUAGGAACAAUUGUUGCACAAAAAUUAAAGACGAAAAGUCUAUCGAACAAAAAUCAAUCGUUUACUGUCAAGAAAUUAAAGGCGAAGCCACAGACGAAUGUUGAACAAAAACAACUGCAGCAGGAGGUAGCUAAGACGUCUAGUAAAAUAGAUAAAAUUGAUACAGAUAAGAAUAUAUCAUCUAAUGAAGCUUCGAGUGAACCUACUAUUUCGUUUACUAAAAUUAGCAAUAAGAAUUUCGGCAAAACAUUAUUAGCUAAAAGGAGAAGCACUACAGAUUCUAAAAAGACACUUUCUAGCAUAUUUUCAAAGCAGACAGAAUCAGCAGAUGAAAACGUUAGUUUGUUAGAUUCGUGUAAAAAGAUCGAACCGGAACAUGUACCAAAAAUAAAAAAUAAACGAGAAUUUAACGAGGAACCUAAAAUAUCUGGUAAUAAGAAAAAGAAAAAACAGACAGAGAAAUCAAAAAAUGGAAAUGAUGACUAUGUCGAAAAUAUUAAAAGUACAUCUUAUAAAUCAUUUGGGAAAAUUGCAUCUUUAUUUGGCAAUAAUCCAGAAAUACCAAACAUCGGUCAGAGAUUGGUAAAGCCAAUAAAUGAGCCAAUAUUUGCAGGGACAACAUUCUCUGAUCUAAAUGUUCAUCCUUUUAUGAUAUCAAAUUUGGAGCAAAAUAUGACGAUAACUAAAAUGACAAUCGUUCAGCAAAAAGCUAUUCCACAGAUACUUUCUGGUAAAGAUGUUCUAAUUAGGUCUCAAACGGGUUCUGGAAAAACGUUAGCGUAUGCUUUGCCUAUAGUUGAAUGUUUGCAUAAAAUUAGGCCGAAAUUGAAUAGAAACAGUGGUUUGAAGGCUCUUGUCAUUGUACCAACUAGGGAACUGGCGCUACAAACUUAUGAAUGUUUCUUAAAAUUAAUAAAACCGUUUACGUGGAUCGUGCCAGGGUAUCUGGCAGGUGGUGAAAAGAGAAAGGCAGAGAAAGCUAGAUUGAGGAAAGGGUGUAAUAUUUUGGUUGGUACACCGGGAAGAUUGUUAGAUCAUAUAAAAAGAACAGCAGCUCUCAAAUUGAACGAUGUUAAGUACUUCGUUUUGGACGAGGCAGACAGAAUGUUCGAUAUGGGAUACGAGAAAGAUAUAUCUGGCAUAGUGAGUGCAUUGAAAGUUUCGAUUCCGAGUGAAGAGACAAGCUACGAUGCGCUGACAAUGCUACGGCAGAAUAUGAAAAAAGUUUUUACCGAUGAGGAUGUUGAAAAAUUAGAAAACGAUAAUGAUUCAAAAAAUGCUGGAGGUGAUCCCGAGUUAAACGAUAGCAUAGAUUUAAACGAUGCAGUAGAAGAUAGUGUUCAACAAGAGUAUCAUUCUACCGACAAUGACUCCGAGAACGAUGAGCCUUACGUGAAAUCGAAAAAAUUCAACGAGCGUAAAAUUCCGGAAGGGACAAAACCAAAUGCGGGAAGAGAUAAUAAACAGAGAGACGAUGAUAAUAAUAGCGAGGUCGACGAAUCGCGAAGACAAACAAUAUUACUUUCGGCGACGUUGACACAAGCGGUAGAAAAAUUAGCAGGUCUAGCGAUGGCCCAUCCUGUUUUCGUGGACGCCGCGAAAGAAAAUUUGGCAACUACCGGCGGCGACGCCAGCGAAUUGAACGAAGAUUUAAUCGUUCCACAAAGCGUGAAUCAAAGUUACAUUGUCACGCCACCGAAAUUGAGGAUGGUGACUCUGAGCGCUUAUAUCGCGGGAAAGUGCCAGAGUCAACACGGUCAACAUAAAAUAUUAAUAUUCAUGGCGACGCAAGACAUGGUCGACUAUCAUACAGAGAUCUUAUCGUCUGUGUUGACCAAGCCUGUCGACGAAGACGACGACGAUUCCGAUCCUCUGGUCGACGUAGAAUUUUUCAAACUACACGGCAGCAUGACGCAGAAGGAACGAACGGAGGUUUUCAAAACUUUCCGGCAGGCGAAGAGCGGAGUUCUACUUUGCACGGAUGUCGCGGCCCGAGGACUCGAUUUGCCGAAAGUGGACUGCGUGAUUCAGUACACCGGACCUACUUCAGCCAGGGAUUACGUUCACCGAAUCGGCAGGACCGCGCGAGCCGGUUCUUCCGGUUCGGCCACGAUCUUCCUAACACCGCCGGAAAUCGAGUUCGUGCGGAUGCUUGAAUCCAGGCGCAUACGAAUCAGGCAGGAGAGCAUGGACGACGUGUUGGACAAACUGUUGGGACCUCUGUCGAAGCACUCUUCGGCCCACGGUGCCGCAAUCGCUCUCCAGAACGAGUUUGAGAAUAUGUUGAUAGAAGACUCGAAGCUCCGUGAAAAGGCGUGCAAAGCGUACAGCUCGUGGAUACGUUUUUACUCGAGCUAUCCUCGCGACAUGCGAGAGAUUUUCAAUCGGAGGACUGCCCAUCUGGGUCAUUACGCCAAGAGUUUCGCGUUAAGGGAAACUCCGCAGCGAAUCGGUGGAAUAGGAACGAAGAUUCAUCGAAAAGACAGCACGAGGCAAGAGCACAACAACAGGCUCACCAAUGAGAAGCCCGACGGGGAACCGAGCCAGAAGAAGAGUCAGAAGCGUCGGGACGAGUCGAGGACGGGGUUGCUGAAGAGAGUCAGGAUGCUUAACACGUCCGAGUACGACAGCGGCCUCCAGCCGGCGAAGAAGCCAAAGAAAUCCUGAGCUUUGCAUUAACACUUCGGCUACUACUAAACAGAAUGCGAUUUCCGUUAUCGUGAUUCCCACCUCUCAUGUAAAUACUAUCCCCUUCUCUUAAGCGUACGGUUAACCGUAGAAUCAGGUUAUUCACAUUCUCCUAAGUCCAUUGAAGCUCUUUACUUCGACAUCACGGAGUUUUAUUGCAUCUCUCACCAGGAAUCGAUCUUCUAUGUAUAAAACUUCCGAUACGUUAUCCGCGUCCUAUCAUAAAUUGAGACCUAUUAAAAAACAAACGUUCGAGCAAAAUCGAAUACAGUGAUUAAAAAAU